AUGAGCGAAGAAAACAAAACGCCUAGUGAAGAGAUUCUAAACAAAAAGUGGGACCUUUGCAUAUCCAAUUUAUUAGUUAAAACUGGCAUCGGUCUCAAAAAAUCUUGGCCUAUUGCAAUGUCUACUGGUUUUGGAAUUGGAGUCUCUUAUGCUGAAUGUCAAAGGACAUUUAAUCCCACUGCUAUACCUGGUGUUAAAAUUAUUAAAAAACCACCAACUUCAUCUGUAUAA